AUGUAUUAUUAACUGCCUCUUGCUUGGACUAUGCUUGCUUUUCUACCAAUUGCUAGCCGUAAAAUAGAAGCCAUACAUCAUUUAAAGCUUGAACUUCUUAGAUAUUAGAACAGGAUAAAUUUGCUCUAUCACUAUAUUUAUUAGCGCAGUAAAAUAUGUAUCAGAAAAGGGUAGUGUUGCAGCCUUAUCAAUCCUCCUUCAAAUUUUAUUAUAAUUUAAUGCAUUAGAUUAUGCUAACCAUUUAUUAUCGAUAUAUUUAGAGUCUAUUUUAAGAAAUAAAAAUUACCUUUUAUAGAGCAAUUUUACAAAAUUAUAAGAUCAAUAAAAGCAGAUUGUUUUCUUACUAAAUAUAUUAAUAAUUAAUUAAAGAAAUUGAAUAAUAGAGAGUAUCGUCGAAAGACCAAUUUCGCUAAAUUACGAAGUCACCUAAUAUAAAUAUCAAAACUGUAAAUAGGAAACUAAAAGUAAUGA